CGGCAGCGCCGGGACAUGGCGGCGGCGCGGCACGGGCGGCCCAGCGGGAGGGGGCGGCUGCCCCCAUUGCACAGUUCUGUACAAAAUAGUCUUCUGGAUGGAUGUUUUCUUCCAAAUGGAGUAGAUCUCCGUCAAGUAAUUAUAUUGCCAAAAGCGGAAUGGGAAAGGAUGCAGGACAAUCUUGGCAGCAUUAGUAGGGAAGCAGCACGCAUCCUUGCUGAGAAGAAAGAACGUGAGGAAAUGCACCGACGCUCCAAAGCGGCUGUAAAAGACUGGCCCAAUACCAUUAUGGGCCAGGCACAAAGGAAACUUAAAGCCAAAAAAUUACGUGAAGAAAAGGAAGAGGAAGAAAGAAAGAAAGUUGAUUUGGAAGAAGCACAGUUCCAAGCAGCAAAACGGAAGGAAGCUAUUGAUCAAGCAAAAACUUACCUAUACUAUCAGAAUGAAAGAGUGAAGGGGUUGCAUAGUGCACUGCUACUUACUGAGGUCCUAAAGGAAAGAGAUGCUCAAAUUGAAUUUAAAAAGUUCAAGCCAAGUGUUAACAAAAAGAAGGAAGAAGAAGCAGAACGUGAGCGUAAAGAAGCUAUUCUCAGAGAGCAAGAAAAGGCACAUCAGCGUUAUAUGGAUCGACAGGCAAUAUGCAGAGAUCAGUUGGAACAAAUAGAGGAGCACAAGCGUCAGGCAGAUCUGGCCAAGCUAGAAGACAAAAGAGAAGGAGAAGAAAUACAGAGAUUAAGUCGACUGUAUGAGUUGGAAAUGCAGAAAAAAAUGGAAAAGGAACAUGAGGAAAAACUUGAACGCCAGAAGCUGUAUCAUAAGCAUGUAGCUGACCAGAAAAUAAUCAAGGCAGCAGAGGAACAAAAAGAAAUGGAAGAAGAUGAUCGGAUUAGAGCUCAUUUCAAAGCAAAGCAAAGGAUUGCCACGCUGAUGAAAGAGAAGGAAGCUGAAAUGCGUAGACUAACACAGGAACGUCAGGACAAAAUUGUUACCCAAUUGGCUGCCCAAAUGAGUGAAGCAUUGAAGAUGGAAGAUGAUCGUAUUGCUAGAGACAUUGCAAAAAAAGAAGCUGAAGAAGAAAAAAAGAACAAAGAGAAAGAAGCAAAAAAUAAGGCUGCCAUUGAAUCUAUUGCUGAACACAGAGCCACCGUGGUGAAGAUGAAACUGGAGAAGGAGAGAGAGGAUAAAGCAGAAAGUGUAAAAGAACGUCAUGAAUUAAUGGAAAAGAACCGCAUCUACCUGGAAGGGGAAAAAGCCAAGAAACAAAGACAACGUGAUGCAAGUGUGGAAGUACAGAAGAUUCAGCUCCAGCAGAUGGCAGAAAAGCAAGCAAGAAAACAGCAGGAGAAGCAAGCAGACUUGGACUACGAUGCUCAGAAACAGCUUAUUGCACUUUGUAGGGAGCGUGAAUUUCAGAAGUAUGCCAAGCAAGUUAUUGAAUCAGAGUCCAAGACUACACACAAUCUCUAUCCUCUCCUCAAAGCAUCCAGAAAUAUAACAGGACUUGGAUGUGGGCCAUUUUCCAGAGGAAGCAAAGGAAUAAAUCUUAGUUUUCACGAACAGGAUGUUGCUGAGACCCAGUUACCUGCUUGUAGCUGUACUACUGCACAGGAAGAUAAAAAUAUGAAAUAACACUGAGACUAUACAGCAAGGAAAGACAGAAUAGUUUUCAUGUGGUUAAAAAAAUACCUUUUUGAACGUUAUGGGCAGAGUCAAGACUGCAAACAGAUCUAUAUUAAAUAUAUCUUACGAAUCUGGAAGACAUUUGAAAAAAUAAAUACCAGAGAAUUGAGUGUAUUCUCAAAAGUCA